UAUUUGAUGGAUUGAUAGCUGUUCUCCGUAUCGUACCGUGACGAAGCAGUUGUCAGUUUUCUGCACUCUACUCAGUGCUAUUACGAGAAAUAUAGCUGUUUAAUUUGGAACACAAAAAUAAAGGAGAGAUUUCCUGCCAUGUAUAUAUCUCGAUUAAAAACUACUUUUAUAAUAUUCUUGACUUACAUGCAUUGUAUAGACGAUCAUGAAGUCGAGGGAGAACCAGCGGAUCCCUGCUCGAUCCGAUCUCUUCCUCCAGGAUUUCUACUCAGUUGUGGCACAUCCGCCUACCAGAUUGAGGGAGCCUGGAACGAGGAUGGCAAAGGUGAAAACAUCUGGGACCGCUUCACCCACACUCGGCCACAACAGAUAGAGGAUGGAUCUAACGGUGACGUGGCGUGCGACUCUUACCACAAGUACAAGGAAGAUGUGAGGAUCAUCAAGGAGACUGGUUUCGAAAUGUACAGAUUCUCAAUCUCGUGGAGUCGAGUGCUACCCACAGGGUACGUGGAUACCAUCAACAACCCUGGGGUUGAUUAUUACCAUCGUCUGAUAGACGAGCUGCUGGCCAAUGGGAUCCAGCCGAUGGUGACACUCUAUCAUUGGGAUCUGCCUCAGGCAUUAGAGAUAAUUGGUGGUUGGACUAACCCUAACAUGGCCGACUAUUUUGCCGAUUACGCCGACUUUGUUUUCAAAGAGUAUGGACAAAAGGUCAAGUGGUGGAUCACAUUUAAUGAGAUGAUUGUAACAAUACAAGGAUAUGGAGAGUUGGAAACGAUUGCACCAGGUCUACCCUUGAAUGGAGUUACGGAGUAUCAGGCAGCAUAUAACUUGCUGCGUGCCCAUGCCAAGGCGUACCGUAUCUACCAAGCUGUCUACAAGCCCCUGCAACAAGGAAGAGUUGGAAUGGCGAUAGCUGUCCCAAACAUUGUGCCACUACGCCCAGACUCUGCUGAAGACACAGCUGCAGCGUACAGGUUCAAUGAAUUUCUGGUUGGAAUAUGUACCCAUCCCGUAUUCUCCAGGGAAGGAAACUACCCCCUGAACGUGCGGGAGCGAGUGGAUCGGAAUAGCAAGAUUGAGGGGAGAAAUACAUCGAGAUUACCUCACUUUACCCCUGAGGAGGUGCAAUAUAUUAGAGGUAGUUAUGAUUUUUUUGGAUUAAAUCAUUACUUAACGCUUUUCGUCAACAAAAGUGGAGAAAACGGUGGUUCCGCAAGAGAACAGGAUUCUGGAUCGAUGUAUCGUAAAAUGGAGCCUAUACCCUCUGGACUGAGAGUUGUGUUGAACUGGAUCAAAACGGAGUACGGAAACCUUCCCGUCUUCGUCACCGAGAAUGGAUGCAACGACAUCAGCGUCUUCAACGACACGGGCAGAAUAGAAUAUCACCAUAAUUAUAUUGAAGAAAUGCUGAAAGCUAUAUACAUCGAUGGCUGUAACGUUAUCGGAUACACAGCCUGGUCGAUUAUGGACAACUUUGAGUGGAGCUUCGGAUACACAUACAAGUAUGGGAUGUGGUAUGUGGACUUUAAUACCACGGAGAGGCCCAGAACGAGGAAACUUUCUUCCUAUUACUUUAAGGAACUUGCUGAAACCAGAGAACUGCCGGAAAUUCCUUUUGCUAUUUAAUACUCAUUAAUGCAUGAAAUAAGUGUAUUAAACCAAUGAAUAUCUCUA